AUGCCUCAAGAACUCAAAGCCGAAGACGUCAACUCCAAGACCGACCCCUCUGUCGCAAAGCAAUGGGACGACUCCAGCUCCUCCGAGACCAAAUUCAACGACCUCUACGCCAUCACCGACAAGCUAAAGGUGUGCCUCCUGGGCACCUACCGGCAAGGCACAGGUCCCGUAUCGCGCAGCAUGGCCAUCGGCAAGCGGGUCGGGCCGGACUUCCUCUUCCUGGCCAACAAGCACUCGCAGAAGUUCUCCGACCUCGAGGGCAGCAAGGAGACGCAGAUCACCUUCCAGAACUCCAGCUCGCAGGACUGGGUCUCCAUCUCCGGCACCGCUACCACCGUCGACAACUCGGACCCCAGGAUCAAGGACCUCUACAACCCGGGCGUGAGCGCCUGGUUUGGCGAUCUCGGCGAUGGGAAGCACGAUGGCACGCCGGAUGACCCGAGGAUGGCGCUCAUCGAGGUCAAGGCCAAGUACAUCAGCUACUGGAAGGCGCAGGUGGGCUUGCUGGGGUAUGCGAAGGAGGUCGCGCAGGCGGCGAUUACGGGCAAGGUUGCGGAUGUGGGCGUGCAGAGACAUAUGAUGGAGGAUGAGAUUGAGCAGGAGAGGAGCAGGAGCUCGUAA